AUGAAAUUCUGUCCUCUAGGUCCCACGACGGACUCGGAACCGCCAUACGAUGUCAACCACGAGCGCGAGUUUUACAAAUAUUUUCAACCCGUCAGACUUGGAUUAACCGGCCUGUCGGCGCAAAGAGACCAAUCCAGUCCGCCACAAGCUCGCACAUCACCCGACAGAGCACUAACGGCGUUCGCUCAACUGGCUACCCUCCGAUUGGACUGCAAACGUGCCUUCAUCUCCUUCUUCGACAGAGACCAUCAGUACAUCGUCGCCGAAGCCACCAAGUCGCUUAGCCUGCAGACUGAAUCCGUCCAUGAGCCAGGCGAUCAGAUAGACUAUGGUGUAACCAUGGUUCCUAAGAGAGGGAGCAUCUGCGAACAUACGAUCAAUCUCUCAUCCAACGACCUCAAUGGUUCCAAGGACGAGACAGUCUUUGUGGUUCCCGAUUUGUCCAAGGACGAGAGAUUCAACGACAAAACAUAUACCACGGAUCACGGAUGGAGAUUCUACGCAGGAGUUCCCAUCGUCUCUCCUAAUGGCUACAAGAUUGGCGCCUACUGUGUCAUAGAUCCUGAGCCUCGAGAAAGUCUUUCGUCUGAAGAAGUGGCCUUCAUGAAGGACAUGGCGACAACAGUCAUGAUACACCUUGACAUGCUGCGCUCGCAGUCCGAGAGCAUAAAGAAAGAGAGAAUGGUACAUGGUUUGGGAUGCUUUGUUGAAGGCAAAGAUACUUUGGGCGAUUGGAGAGCCCUAGGUGCUGAUCUGGAGACGCCCGAUCAGCAAGACUCAUCCUUACCCUGGGCCGAUCGCCAGUACUCUAGACACCACGACCAACCGCCGGAUAUUAAGCUGAGCGGUGAGAAGGACUUCCCAUCCCUCUCCGAUGUUGGCGUCUACCUGGAUAUCGACAAGUCGCCUUCACGACGAGGCUCACACGCUUCUUCUAAUGCAUCAGCACAACCCUCGUCAUCAAUGGAAGACCCUAAGGCGAAAAAGACAUCGCCCACCGAUCACCUUGCACCCGCAGUCAAAGCGACAUUUGGACGUGCUGCAAACAUCAUCCGAGAGUCAUUGCAGAUAGAUGCUGUUGUCAUAUAUGAUGCUACCGCCAAAUCUACUUUUGGAGGUCUUGUCGAUCGCACCACCCAUGAACGACCGAAACGAAGGAAGUUGUCCUCAGCUUCCGAGAGUGACUCUUCUACUAAGUCUGGCACGGAGAGAUCUAAGUCAGGAAAUAGUGAGGACUUGGAAAAGGAAGAUGGUGCGAAACCCUCCGAGAUCCUUGGUAUAUCGACACCUACCAUGAAUAGCGCACAUAGUGAUCAAUCAGCAAAACUCACCGACGGUAUGACUGAAGAGUUUGUACGAUCCCUUUUGCGUCGCUAUCCUCAUGGUAAAGUCCUCAACUUCGAUCAGGAUGAAGAUUCGUCACUCGAACAGGAUAGAGUACUAUCAGAGGCUCUGGACGGUGAAGUUUCGCCGAAAGACACGGUCAAGAAACGCAAGCGGUUGAGAUCCAACAAUGCCAAAACAAUAAAGCAGCUGUUCCCAGGCGUGCGCAGCUUCGCCAUUCACCCCAUGUGGGACUCUGAUCAGAAGUUCUUCAGUGCUUGUAUAGCCUGGACCUUGGAUCCACAUAGAAUUCUGACCACACACUCCGAACUUAGUUACCUCGCAGCGUUCAGCGAUUGCAUCAUGAGCGAAGUGGCAAGGAUCAAUGCUAAGAUUGCUGACAAAGCAAAGUCAGACUUUAUCUCGUCUAUCUCACACGAGCUGCGGAGUCCACUCCAUGGUAUACUCGGCAGUGUAGAAUGUCUCGAAGACUCAACUCUCGAUCCCUUCCAGGAGAAUCUUGUACAUACGCUUGCCACCUGCGGCCACACUUUGCUCGACACGAUUGACCAUUUACUCGACUUCGCAAAAAUCAACAAUUUCACUAGGAAGAGUACUCAAACACGCACGAACAGUUCGAAUCCACAUGAACAGAAACAAAACUUUGCACUGGAUGUUGAUGUCGACUUGAGCGUUGUCACUGAGGAAGUGCUGGAGACUGUCUUUGCUGGUCAUGACUUCAUUAGAGCUGGUCGUGAGACCGAGCAGAUGCCGCGAGCAAACAAACAAGUUGACGGUGAUGCAAACAGCUCGGAUGGUAAUCGUAACGUCUCUAUCGUGGUUGACAUUUCGAAAGCCCAGGACUCACAUUGGAUCUUCAGAACACAGGCUGGAGCAUGGCGCCGUAUUUUGAGCAAUCUGUUCAAUAACAGCCUCAAGUAUACCUCAAGUGGGUUCAUUCAGGUCAAGCUCGAUAGUGAGCCAUUGCCAACAAAAGAACAAGGAGGCAAAUCUAAAGUCACGCUGUCAGUCACUGAUUCCGGAAAAGGCAUGUCGAAAGAGUACCUCGACAAAAGUCUCUUCACCCCGUUCGCUCAAGAAGAUCCGAUGCAGCCCGGCACAGGUUUGGGGUUGGCGAUCAUCUCGGCCAUAAUCAAAUCCAUGGGUGGCGAGAUUGAAGUGGAAAGUGAGCAGGGUAAAGGUACCAAGACCACCGUUACCCUGGAAAUGAUGCACAUUGCAGUAAAAGAAGAGGAUGUAGAUCGAAGUGUGAUUACAAGUGCGGCUAAGAGGACUAAGAACAUGAAGAUCGGCUUUAUUGGGUUUGAUGGAAAUUCCUACGAGAAGGAGCCGCAGCCAGGGACCCGCGAUCCAGAGAACGCUGGCCAUAGAUUUAUGGCCUCGUUCCACAGAAUGUGCCAGAACUGGUUUGGAAUGGACAUGCAGAUAUCCGACGGCAUAGACCAGUCUGGGGUCGACGUGUUCCUUACUACUGAGAAGGGUCUCGAACAAGUGCAAGAUCAGCUGGAGAAGCGCAUGAAAAACCAGUCCGACAAGAACGCUCAAAGCAAAGAAGCCGAUAUCCCUUUGCUGGUCAUAUGCAACAGCGUCUCUGCCGCUAAUGCCAUGAUGCACCACCCUAGAUCACAUAUCACCGGAGUCUUAUCCCAACCAUGCGGACCAAGAAAACUAGCAAAAUCACUCACGCUUUGCUUAGAAGCCCACAAGAACGCCAACACAAACGAGCCAAUGCCAUCCAUGCGCAAAGUUCUGGACGACAGCAUAGGAGAUGGCCAACAACUCCAGGAUAGUCCUUUCCAGAAAGUCCUAGAUUCCGAACAACAUGCCAUGAGUGAGCAGGCGAAGGAGAAGGGCCACUUCGGAGAUGCACCACUGAAACAUCCUCGAAAGGAUACGGUGGAGAUGGCGCAAGGCAAGUCUAGGAUGCCUAAGCUGGAGACCUCUCCGUUGAAUAAGACCAGCUCUCCUGACUCACCAGCGCCAUCGGCCGGAAUCAUGAGUCCUUCCUCCAGGACAAACUCGGACUUUGACAAGGCCGUCCGUAAAGUGCUUUUGGUAGACGACAACAGGGUAAACCUGCAGUUACUCGUUACCUACAUGAAGAAAAGCGGCCACGCACUCAUGACAGCAGACAAUGGACUCGAGGCCCUUAAAGCCUACAAAUCUCAAUGCGAACAAGCCAGUGACAAAGACGAAAUGGCAGAUCCACCAUUCGAUUACGUGCUUAUGGAUCUAUCGAUGCCUGUCAUGGACGGCCUGGCCUCGACCCGCAAGAUCCGUGCUCACGAGCGGGCGAACAAUAUCAGACCUACCAUCGUCAUUGCACUUACCGGGCUCGCAAGUGCACAGGCACAGCAGGAGGCAUUCAGUAGCGGAGUGGAUAGCUACUUGUGCAAGCCUGUUAAGCUCAGGGAGUUGGGUAAGAUGCUAGAUGCAGGUACAUCAAGCAAUGGACAGGAAGAAAAGAGUAAGGAUCAGAAAGCCGAGGAAGUGGGAAAAGAGAAGGAAAAGGACAUUAAGAAGGAGAAGAGCCAGGAGCAGAAGAAAUACUUCAACACCGAGAGUGGGAGAGUUGUUGGUGAGGAACUAUUCAAAGGUUAA